AUGCGAGAAUGCGAAAAACGCGUCAGCAGCGGUGAUUUUGAUCCGAAGAGACCGGAGACGCUGCUGGAAAAGGCCUUCAAAGCGACGGCAGAAUCACCUCGGCCAGUUGGUAUGCAUAGAUACAACACGGAAAUUCUGCUCUACAGUUACUUAAAUCAACAAUUAGCAUCUUUAGGAUCAUCAACGGCUUGUGUCCUGGUAGUUCAUCAGGAGAUGUUGUAUUCUGCAAACUUGGGAGAUUCCGGUUUCAUGGUUGUACGAGACGGACGCGUUCUCACGAAGAGCGAAGAACAAGUACAUUACUUCAAUGCCCCUUUCCAGCUCACUCUUCCUCCUGAGGGUCGGUAUCUCGUUAGCAGAAUGCUCUAUCUGCUAAUUAUUUAUGAAUCUUCAUUUGACAUUUGUUCAGGCUAUCGCGGUUUUAUUGGAGACACACCUGAUCUGGCGGACAAAUCGGAAAUUCGAGUUCAGAAAGGCGAUAUUGUGCUUUUGGCAACCGAUGGUUUGUGGGAUAAUCUCACAGAGCAGCACGUUCUAGAUCAACUGCGGCCACUGAUUGAGGAGAAAGCAACAGUACAAGAGCACGUUCUAGAUCAACUGCGGCCACUGAUUGAGGAGAAAGCCACAGUACAAGAGGUUUGUUUGUUUUAA